AUGGUGUGGAGGGCGGACAGUGGUCUGGGGAGAGCCUGGAACCAGAGAAGGUGGAGUCCGGAGGCUGUGGCUACGCUUGAGAGGAGAGAAGACGGUGGGAGGAGCUGGGCCGGGCUGGUGGGAGGCCAGAGGGAGUGUCCUCAGGAGGAAGAAGGAGCAGGUGGGGCUCCCAGGCUUUCAGCUCAGGGCUCCUGCGGCGGCACCCAGCCAACAGCAGCCAACAGCCCAAGGCCAGAGUGUGGAGGCAGAGGGGACGUAAGACAGAGCCUGCUCCUCCCUCUCCUGGAGGACUCAACGCUCUUGAGCAACCCUGCCUUUGACACUCCCCAUGGGCCCCAGGAGAGGACAAGACGUUGUCAGGGAGAUGGAGAAACCAUUUCUUCACUCACAGGAGGCUUCCCGCUUCCACUGCCCAGCAAUCCCGUGAGGCAACAGCAGGGGCUGAGGCGAGUCCAGCUCACAGCCGGGGAGGAGAUCAGGGAUGGGGCAGGUCAGGAAGACGUGUGGUUGGGCCAUUGCAUCAGGCCCAGAAGGGACAUAAAGGAGGGUCCUGCGUGCUGGGAGGAGGCUGACUUGGGGACCAUGGAGACUCAGAGGGCCAGCCUCGCCCUGGGGCGGUGGUCACUGUGGCUAUUGCUGCUGGGACUAGUGGUGCCCUCGGCCAGCGCCCAGACCCUCAGCUACAGGGAAGCUGUGCUUCAUGCUGUGGAUCGCCUCAACGAGCAUUCCUCAGAAGCUAAUCUCUACCGCCUCCUGGAGCUGGACCCGCCUCCCAAGGCUGAUGGCGACCCGGAUACCCCAAAGACUGUGAGCUUCACGAUGAAGGAGACCGUGUGCCCCAGGGCAUCGCAGAAGUCCCCGGAGCAGUGUGACUUCAAGGAGAAUGGGCUGGUGAAACAGUGUGUGGGGACAGUCACUCUGGACCAGGUCAAGGGCCAAAUGAACAUCACCUGUGAUGAGCUGCAGAGUGUUGGGAUAUUUGGGCGGCUGCAUAAGAGGAUCCAAAAAAUUUGGCAGAAAACUGGUCCGAUAAUUGGCCCGCUCUUCAACUAUUUUGGGUAA